AACGGCCCAAAAGAGACACCCAAACCCACCAACACCAACACCACACGCCGGCGGCGGCAGCGGCGGCGACCCAAAAACCCUCCUCCCCUCUCCCUCGCUGCGUCCUCCACUCUUCUGCUCUAGCUCGAGCUCGACCUCCUCCUCAUCCGCCAUGGGCGACGACAUCGACGCGAGGUACGAGGUCCCCCGCACGGCGGAGUUCAUCCGCGCCCGCGCCUACACCAGGGUCGCGCUCCAGUUCCCGGACGAGAUGCUCAGGGACGCGGCGGCGGUGGCGCAGGCGCUGCGGCGGGAGCUAGGCGGCGGUGGGGUAAAGCUGUUCGUGAUGGCCGACACGGCGUACAACUCGUGCUGCGUCGACGAGGUGGGCGCGUCCCACAUCGAUGCCCAGUGCGUCGUCCACUACGGCCACGCCUGCAUGAGCCCAACAUCCAAUUUGCCUGCUUUCUUCGUGUUUGGGAAAACACCAUUGGAUACCGAUGCUUGUGGCCGCUCAUUGUUGGAGUGCUCGAGAGAAAGUGAUAAACGCAUCCUGGUUUUUUAUGGAUUAGAGUAUGCACAUGCAUUGGAUGAUCUUAAAGCAGUAGUUGCGGAAUUAUACAAAUCACAUUCUCGCAGUGUUGAAGUUCAGUAUGCAGAUGUUCUCUGUUCAGUUAUGAGCCCAAGCUCUGCUGCAGAAGUGGAACACGGUCAAUCCGAUGGAAGCACUCAUAGUGAUGAUUUAUCUAUACAAAGUGAUGUAGCGACAUUUGUGAAUAAUUGUUGCAACGUGGAAGGAUCCACACGCAAGUAUAGCCUUGGAGGACUAACAUGGUCUACAUCCAUAGAUGAUAAUAUGGAGGACUAUUUGUUAUAUUGGAUAGGACAAGAUAACUCAGCAUUUGCCAACAUUGUGCUUACCUUCAAUAAAUGUGAUAUAGUUAGGUAUGAUACAGUAGCAAAUCAACCAUCAAGGGAUGUCUCUCAUCUGAUGAAAAUACUUAGGCGCAGAUAUUACCUUGUGGAGAAGGCGAAGGAUGCAAAUAUUGUUGGCAUUUUGGUGGGGACCCUGGGUGUUGCUGGUUAUCUUCACAUCAUUGAGCAAAUGAAAGAUCUGAUCAAGGCUGCUGGAAAGAAAUCAUAUACGUUAGUCAUGGGCCGACCUAAUUCCGCAAAACUUGCUAAUUUCCCUGAGUGUGAAGUUUUUGUUUAUGUUUCUUGUGCCCAAACUGCUCUAUUGGAUAGCAAAGAUUUUUUAGCUCCAGUCAUUACGCCUUUCGAAGCUGUAUUAGCUUUUAGCAGGGGAAGGGAAUGGACAGGAGAGUAUCUUCUAGAUUUCAAGGAUUUGAUCACUACAGAUAAACCAGAAAUUUCAAGCACAACUGAAGAAGCAAGAUUUUCCUUUAUCAAAGGUGGCUAUGUGGAAGAUAAUUGCCUUGAAGAUAACGAGGAACAGCCAGAGACAUCGCUUGCACUUGCUGAGGUAACAGAGAAGGCGCUAAGUAUAAAAAAUCAGAAUAAUGAUGCAGUUCUUUACCAAGGAGGAGCAAAGUCUGCGAUCGACUAUCUCAAGGCACGAUCCUACCGUGGUCUCACCGGAGAAUACGAGGGUCCAGCACCAGACUCGGUCUUGACAGGCAGAACAGGGAGAGCUGCCGGUUACAACAACGAGAAAAAGGAGAUUACACAGUGAAUGAAUGACAUACCUUGAGUGGGAAAAUAUAUAUAUAUAUAUAUAUAUAUAUAUAUAUAUAUAUAUAUAUAUAUAUAUUUGACUUGUUUGCCCUCGAUGGGCGAUUGAUGGAGAGGCAAUUUUGUACUUCAGAAAGUACUGUCAGAUGCCUCAGUUUUGUUGUGAGCCAUGAACUAUGUGUUCCUUUUUUUUUUUCUUUUAUGAUGGAAGGGAAACUCCCCAGCCUCUGCUCCUACUAGGGAACUGUGUUUCAUCAAACUGUUAUAUGUUCAGAACGAUGUUGUACAUCUCCUGCCAACAUACUGUACAGUAUUCCAUAUUUGCAAAUCUGCAAUUUGGUUCCUCUGUACCAAGGUGGCUGUAAAUACUGGCAGAAACAGCCAGCAAGAUCACAUUGUUUUGCAAA